ACUGGUGCCGAAAGUCAAAUGUUAUUUAGAUUCUUGUAAAUUGUGUUUACAUCGGAUUGCAGUGAAGUGUUUAGUGUGUGCAAUCUCUUGUUUAAAGUAAAAUAGAAACGAAAUUGAUUAUGGUUGAUGUUGUGUUGUGCUAAGGAUUCUGGAGGUGCUCGUGACGAUGUGUGAGCGGUGAGAGCAAAAGUCGCGCGAUGUUGCGCGCACUUGUCUAUCUGUUGGUCGCUUCGGCGGCCGCUGAACAUGUUCGCGAAUUCACCGUCAGAGAGAACGCUCGCGCCGGUACUCUAGUUGGCCAUCUGGGUGAUGAGCUUCCCGAUGCCGCCCCACCAUACACGAUAGUCCCCGUCCCGGGUAGUGCAGUAAAUGACGACCUUAAAAUAGACCCCCACACUGGUGAAAUACGGACACGAGUGCCAUUAGAUAGAGAGAAUAGGGACCAUUACGCUCUAGUCGCUAUCCCCGCGAGCGGUGAUAAUAUCCGCGUAGUCGUCCGCGUCUCCGAUGAAAACGAUAACGCGCCUACAUUCCCAACCGCUAUCAUGAACGUUGAGUUCUCUGAAAACACACCCAGAGACGUGAAAAGAAAACUUAAUCCUGCUAAGGAUCAGGACCUAGGUAUUUUUAAUACCCAACGGUAUAAUAUAGUUUCUGGUAAUACAGAUAACGCGUUCAGACUAUCAUCGCAUAGAGAACGUGAUGGUGUUUUGUAUUUGGAUCUGCAAAUCAACGGUUUUCUUGAUAGAGAAACUACAGAUCACUAUAAAUUAGUUAUAGAAGCUUUAGAUGGGGGUACUCCACCAUUAAGAGGGACGAUGACUGUAAAUAUUACAAUUCUAGAUGUAAAUGACAAUCCCCCAGUAUUCGCUGAAAGUGCUUAUUCGGCUAUGAUCCCCGAAAACGCUACAGUAGGAACAGCUGUGUUAAAAGUAUUUGCAAUAGACUCUGACGCGGCUGAAAACGGACUCAUUGAGUAUUCUAUCAACCGCAGACAAAGCGACAAAGAAAAUAUGUUUAGAAUAGAUCCAGAUACAGGAGAAAUUACUGUAAAUAAAGCUUUAGACUUCGAGACCAAAGAGUUGCAUGAAUUAGUUGUUGUUGCUAGAGAUAAAGGCGCGCAGCCUUUAGAAACGACCGCAUUUGUAUCCAUACGUGUUACAGAUGUGAAUGAUAAUCAGCCGACAAUAGACGUAAUAUUUUUGAGUGACGAUGCUACACCAAAAAUUUCAGAGGCGGCGCAGCUGGAUGAGUUUGUUGCCCGAAUAUCUGUUCACGACCCAGAUUCUAAGACGGAAUAUUCAAAUGUUAACGUAACAUUAAGCGGUGGCGAUGGACAUUUCGAUUUGCGAACGCAUGAUAAUAUCAUAUACUUAGUGGUAGUUGCUUUACCGUUAGAUCGAGAAUCGCAGUCGUCGUACACACUGAAUGUAGUUGCAACUGAUAAAGGCUCGCCCCCGUUACACGCUUCGCGUAUAAUCAAUCUACGGGUGACUGAUGUAAAUGAUAACCCUCCAGCAUUUUUGGAGAGCGUUUACAGAACUAGUGUACCUGAAGCUGCAACUCCUGGUACUCCGGUCAUUCAAGUAUCUGCGAGUGAUGUUGACGAAGAUGAAAAUUCGGAUAUUCGUUACUCUUUGCUUCCCACUGCUCAAUCUGAUUGGUUUUCCAUUGAUGAGCGUUCUGGUCUCGUUACUACUCGGUCUCGUGUUGAUUGCGAGACAAACCCCAUGCCUAGUUUGACGGUGGUGGCGAGUGAUCGUGGUAGUCCCCCCUUAUCCUCCACCGCGACUCUCCUAGUAACUGUUCUGGAUGUGAAUGACAAUGAGCCGAUCUUCGACCAGUCUUUCUACAAUGUCACCGUGCCGGAGAAUGAAGCAGUUGGCAGCUGUAUUUUAAAGAUGUCAGCGAUAGAUCCUGAUUGUGGUGUAAAUGCUGUCGUCAACUAUACACUAGGGGAAGGUCUGGCUAGACCCCAAUUUGUCGUGAAGCCUGAUUCUGGAGACCUUUGCAUUGCUGCCCCUUUGGACCAUGAAGCGAAUGCUGACUUUGAGUUUCCUGUUAUCGCUACCGAUAGAGGGGGCCUCUCCACGACGGCUAUGGUGAAGAUUCAACUGCUAGAUAUCAACGACAACGUACCAGCUUUUACCGUGAAAGAUUACAACGUUUCUCUUAAAGAGGGAAGGGUAUCAACCAGCGAGCCAAUUGUUGCUGUUUCGGCGAGUGACGCUGAUUCGGGCAGAUUUGGUACAAUCACAUAUAGAAUCGUUGGUGGGAACGACAAUGAUGUCUUUCGAAUAGACCGGAGCACUGGAGAGAUAUUUGUGAUAAAACCAGCGCUUAUUCAGGCGAAUGGAAGGUUUGAUCUGGAAAUAUCGGCGACAGACGGCGGUGGCUUGACGGCUCCACAAGGUGCCGUUGUUCACGUGAAUGUGAUGCCAGCUGGAGUUGGUGCGGCGCUCUUUGAUAAACCAAGAUACAAUUUCCGCGUAAGGGAAGAUGCGAGGAGUGGGACGAUUGUUGGAAAUCUCAAAGCGACAGGCGGCGACAGAGGUAAACUGAUGCGGUACAGCAUAGUAUCAGGCGAUCCAGGACACCAGUUCACAAUAGAGCCUCACACGGGAACCAUAAGGACUUCUGGUCAGCUGGACCGGGAGGCUGUAGCAACGUAUCUGCUUAACGUUAGAGCUGCGAACGGAAAUACGGCCAGCUAUGAUCAGACGCAGGUUCAAGUCACUUUAGAGGAUGUAAACGACAACGUACCAGGUUUCGGUACAUCAUCGGUUAAGGUAUCUGUGGCGGAAUCAGCGGCGGUUGGAUCCGUGGUUUAUGCUGCGAGAGCUAUAGACGAGGAUGAGGGAAAGAACGGGCUGGUCACCUACACUCUUCUUUCAGCUACUGGACCCAUGAAUACUUUCGCAGUGAAUUCACAACAUGGACUGGUUACUUUAUUGCGGCCGCUGGACUACGAAAACCUUGUCCGACAUACUCUAGUGAUAUCAGCCAAAGAUAGUGGUUCACCGCAGCUUGCAGACAAUCUCACUCUGGUGGUGGAUGUACAAGAUGUUAACGACAACCCACCUGUAUUCGAACAUGAUACAUAUAGCGCUAACGUGUUAGAAUCCGACGCAAUUAAUACAAAGAUUCUUGAAAUCCAAGCGAUAGACAAAGACACAGGCAACAAUGCACGAAUAACCUACCGGAUACACAACAACACAUACUUCAAAGUGCAGUCCAGUACUGGAUGGGUGCAACUCGCUAAAGAACUCGAUCGAGAAUCGAUCCCACAACACAACAUGACAAUAAUAGCCUCGGAUAAUGGGAUUCCGCCGCUGUCUGCGACCGUCAGCCUCAUCGUCAACGUAUUAGAUGCUAAUGAUAAUGAUCCAGUUUUCUCACAAGCCAACUAUGAAUUCCAAGUUGAGGAGAACCGCAAGGCUGGAGCGUUUGUUGGGAAGAUUGCGGCCACUGAUGCUGACUUGGGAGAUAACGCGGCCGUUAGAUACAGCCUAUUUCCGACUAAUACGAGCUUCGUCGUUAACCCUGUUACUGGAAUUAUAACAACCAAAGAAAUGCUCGAUAGGGAAUUUAAACAUACUUAUUCCCUUUUUGCUGAAGCCAAAGAUCAAGGUUCGUUGCCCCGCUCAACCAGGGUUCCAGUUAUAAUAAAAGUGACUGAUGUCAACGAUAAUUCUCCUGAAAUAGUUGAUCCUAGAGAGGAUGUAGUGAGCGUAAGGGAGGAACAACAGCCUGGAGCUGAAGUAGCGAAAGUAAAAGCGAUUGAUAGAGACAAUGGCCCCAAUGCAUCUAUCAUAUACUCAAUACUGAAUGAUCGUGAUACAGAUGGCUUUGGUAUAUUUGUCAUUGAUUCUUCUACAGGAGUUAUUAAAACAAGCACAGUGUUAGAUCAUGAAGAGAGGUCAAUAUAUCGAUUGACCGUAGCUGCAACUGAUGCGGGUCAACCUCCACGACAAACUGUUAGGCAAUUAAAAGUAGAAGUUCUAGAUUUAAACGAUAAUAGACCUACUUUUACCAGUUCCAGCUUAUCCUAUAAAGUGCGAGAAGAUUCCAAAAUUGGGCAUAUUGUUGGAACUGUUACAUGUUGCGACAGCGAUACAAACGAAAAUCUGGUUAAUGGUGAUGAAGAACGACAGAUAUCAUAUCUUUUGAUGUCUUUAACGUCUGACCAUGUACCUGGAACCUUUGAAAUCGAUAGACGAACUGGCUCUUUGGUGGUGGCACGUCAGUUAGACAGAGAGGUCCAAGAUGAAUAUCGACUUGAAGUUAGAGCGUUGGAUACUUCGGCUACUAACAACCCCCAAAGCAGUGCCGUCACCGUCAGAAUUGAAAUCAUCGACGUUAACGAUAACGGUCCGCAGUGGCCGGAGGAUCCUGUCAAUAUAGAAGUACCAGAAACUACAGCAGUUGGUAUAAACGUAUACAACUUCACUGCAAAGGACAUAGAUGCAGGUGUCAAUGGUGAACUGAACUAUCACAUAGUUUCCACUGUGCCUUCUACUAGAAACAUGUUUAAUCUAGAUCCUCUCACUGGCGCUUUAACGCUGACAGCUUUGCUAGACUUUGAAGUGUUAAAAGAAUACUGGCUUGUAGUAGAAGCAGUUGAUCAAGCAGUGACUGCAAGUGAACGAAUUUCUACGUCUGCCACAGUACACAUAGCUGUGGUGGAUGCAAAUGAUAACACUCCUACUUUUGUUUCUGCUCGUAAAGUAUCUGCCACUUUGAAUGCUUUGACCGGCGUUCUGUAUCAAGCCUUAGCCAUUGACGCUGACUCGGGAGAUAAUGGAAGAGUAUCCUAUUAUAUAAAUAAUGGAAACGAGCAUUCUUACUUCUCUAUGGAUUAUGAUACAGGAAAGUUAACAUUAUCGAAAAAGUUUACUUCUGAAUAUUCGAAAAUAAGGACGGGGCAAUAUAAGCUCAAUUUGACAGCUUCCGAUCAUGGGAUGCCAUUUCCCAGACAAAGUCAUAUGACAUUAACUUUACACUUGCUGGAAUCAACCAACACCCCACCUCGGUUUACUGAAACACUGUACAAGGCGAACAUUAGUGAAGAUAUCCGUGCUGGUAGUUUCGUAACAAGAGUUACGGCCAAAUCAUCAAGAGGGACUUCAGGUACGCUAAGCUACAUGAUACCCUCAAGCGUAGCAGAUGAUAAGUUCGUCAUCGAUGAGCGGACAGGAACAAUCACUAUCAAGUCUAAAGUUGACCGAGAAGAAACUGGACAAUAUAUUUUUCCAGUUUAUGUCACUGAUUCGGAAAGCUUCCAAUCUCCAAGUAAUUUUGAUGUAGCGACAGUAAAUAUAAGCAUUUUAGACGAUAAUGACAAUGCUCCAACAUUCAAACCUGGAUCCUGCUAUACUUUGACAGUACCCGAGAACAAUGAUCCUGAAAUUAUACACACAGUAUCUGCCACCGAUAAAGACAUCGGUGCUAAUGGAAUUAUAACAUACAGCAUCACUUCAGGAAAUAAUGGAAACAAGUUUAGUAUUGAUCCCACUACAGGAAAACUCACAGCUAAAGCACUAGAUCGUGAAACACAGUCCAGAUAUGAAUUGACAAUAACAGCAUAUGAUCAUGGAUCCCCUAUAGCACUACAAGGCGCAUGCAAUAUAACGGUAAUGGUGGAAGACCAAAAUGACAAUGAUCCUGUUUUCGAUACGGGUCAUUACUCAGCCGCCAUCGCAGAAGAUGCAUCCCCCGACACUUCUAUCAUUAAAGUGAGAGCCACUGACGCCGAUUUAGGAUACAAUAAACGAAUAGUUUAUUCCCUCGCAAAUGAAAGUCAAGGGUUGUUUCGUAUCGAUAAUAAAAGUGGCGUUAUCUAUACGACUGGAUAUUUCGAUCGGGAAAAAAUUAACGUCUAUCAUUUUGAAGCCGUAGCAACAGAUCAAGGUCGUUAUAUCGCGCGAUCGACCCGGGUUUCUGUAGAAGUAACCGUCAACGACGUUAACGACAACAAACCUAUAUUCACAAAAUAUCCAUUCAAAGAACAAAUCGCAACACUAAUACCGCCGGGACAGAGUUUGCUUAGAGUUUUCGCAACAGAUAAUGAUAUUGGGACGAAUGCUGAAAUUAUUUUUGAACUUCUCGAUAGUUCAAACCACAAAUUCCGAAUUAACCCCACAACUGGGGUUCUAACUGCAACUCAAAGUUUAGCAAGCGAAAACGGUAAACUAAUACAUCUAAAGGUCUUAGCCAAGGAUAAAGGAAAUCCACCACAAAGUUCAGAAGGUCUCAUAGAACUUCAUAUAGGUGACUUUUCUGACCAAACUUCAACAUUAAAUUUUCAAAACUCAACAUACAACAUUACCAUAGAAGAAAAUGUACCCUAUGGACGUGAGGUCCUACAAGUCACCGCACUGCGAAGUGACGGGCGAAGACAAAGAGUUAUAUAUGAAAUCGGAAAUGGAAACGACCAAUAUGCUUUUGAAAUAGAUAGUAACAGUGGCGUUCUAAGAGUAAAUACUUCAGAUAGCUUAGAUUAUGAAACUUACCCAGGACCGAGACGGAGACUCGUAAUCGUUGCAAGAACUGAAGGAUCGUCGCCCCUGUACGCUUAUUGUGAAGUUAUGGUAAAUCUUAUAGACCAAAACGAUCACUCCCCACGGUUUACACAACAACAAUACAUUGCCAAUGUAUUUGAAGGCAAUACGAAAGGUGAAUUCGUCGUUCAAUUAGCUGCAAAGGAUGAAGACAGGGAUGCUAACGCGAGAAUAUUAUAUCACAUAGUGGAUGGUAACCAUGACAACGCGUUUAUCAUCGAACCUGCGUUUUCGGGUUCCGUUAAAACAAAUAUUGUUCUCGACCGAGAAAUACGAGAAUCUUACAAGCUAACCGUUAUAGCGACCGAUGAAGGAAACCCACAAAUGACCGGGACAGCCACUUUAAGGAUAAACGUCGUCGAUGUCAAUGAUAAUCAGCCGACAUUUCCGCCACCAAACGUCAUAUCUGUUUCUGAAGGAGCAGAAGUCGGCUCAAUUCUAACAUCUGUUACUGCGAAUGAUGUGGACACCUAUCCUGCACUGAAGUAUGCUUUAGUUCAGGAUGAAAAUAUCUUCUCAAUUGACAGAUACAGUGGCAAAGUGGUUUUAAAUAAAGCACUCGAUUUUGAAAGUCAUAUAGUUUAUAUCGUUAACGUUAGUGCAUCGGACAACGAACAUGUCGCUACAACAACAUUAACUGUCAAAGUUACGGAUAUAAACGACAAUGCUCCAAUUUUUGAAGAAGUCUCAUACAGCAGUGUUUUACCGGAAGGGUCAGGCCCUAUCGAAAUUGCUAUUGUAAAAGCUACGGAUAAAGACAGUGGUGAAAAUAGCAAUAUUUCAUAUCAAUUUCUGGAAUCAAAGGAUGGAUAUUAUAUAGACGCUGUCACUGGAGAAAUGUUUGUCAACUACAGCUCCCUUCCAAAUGACCAUCGAGAUAUACAACUGGCGGUUGUAGCCACAGAUCAUGGAAAACCUAACAAAUCGGCAAUAACAUCGGUCAGAGUCAGCAGUGGUGCUUCAUCAGAAAUUAAACCCUUUAUUGGUCAAGACACCUAUAGAAUAACGGUAAAUGAAGAUACCGAAGAGGGUACAUCCUUGUUGCAAAUCGGUGGAAUAAAUGAUAUUUUAAAGAAAUAUAGUCUUGACUUCAAAAUUAUUACCGGAAAUGAUGGCGACAUGUUUGAUAUUACAAUUGAAGGUGCAUUAAUACUUGUAAAAAGGCUUGAUAGAGAACGACAAGAAUCAUACGUGCUAGGUUUAGCUGCCGUCGAGCAAGGAAAAAUGCUUUCAUAUAAACAAAAUAAAACGUCUGUAGUUGUAUUUGUGACACUGACGGAUGCAAAUGAUAAUGCUCCCAUAUUUGCUAUUAAUACAUUCGAUCUUACAGUAAGUGAGGAUGUUAAAAUAGGGCAUAGUCUAACGCAAUUUUCUGUGACGGAUGCAGAUUUAUAUGGAACUGCAAAUUCAGAUAUAAUAUUUAAUAUUACUUCAGGAAAUGAUGACAAGUCAUUUUACGUGCAUUCAAUGACAGGCGUUUUAACCGUCAAUAAAACUCUAGACUAUGAUACGGGGAAAACUAAUUAUAACUUGGUGGUCGUUGCCUGUGAUCAAGGAGUACCCUGUUUGUGCAAUGCUGCGUAUAUUAAAAUUGGGAUCCUCGAUGUUAACGACAAUACACCUGCUUUCCCGGUUAAUGAGUAUUUCGAGGGUAUCGCUGAAAAUGAAAGAGUUGGAACGUCUGUUUUUACUGCUACGGCCACAGAUAUGGACAAAGGAAAAUUUGGCACAUUGAACUAUUCUAUUGGACCUGUUUCUUCUAACUACAACAAAAAUGACGAUGCUUGGAAAAUGUUCCAAAUUGAUUCAAUAAGUGGCUUAGUAAACACUAAUGCCGUCUUUGAUUACGAACUUAAAAACAAAUAUGAGUUUUCCAUUAAAGCUUCAGAUAUAGGUGGCAGAAGCUCCACAGUAAAAGUCAGAAUUGAUAUAGAAAGUAGAGAUGAAUUUUACCCUCAGUUUACUCAGAAAACGUAUAAUUUCGGUGUUCCAAAAUCAGGAUCUCUACCGGCAGGGUACAUUAUAGGUCAAACUACUGCAACAGAUAGAGACAAAGGAAUAGACGGUCGAAUAGUUUACCAGCUAUCUACGUCUCACUCUUACUUCAAGAUAAACAGGACUACGGGUAUGAUUAUUCUUAAGAAAAAAGUGGAUUCAAUACAAACUUUAUUUGGCGGAGAUAAAUCAAUAAGCCUAGUAAUAACUGCAAGUUCAGGCCGACAGGGAUCUCUUACCAAUAAAACUGCAGUUGAAAUAUUGUUAGACCCUGCCGCAAUCAUAUCAGAUGGCACUAAUAUCUUGAAUGAUCCAGCAUUAGCUCAAAAUAGUGGAUUGUCAGAUUGGGCUUUAGGGCUUCUGAUAGCUUUUAUAUUUAUUAUUAUCAUCUUCGCCGCGGCAUUUCUAUUUUUACAUAUGAAAAAUAAAAGACACAAAAAAGAAAAUAAACCAGGAUUAAGUUCGGAGGGAGUCGGAGCAACAAAUAGUUAUGUAGACCCCAGUGCAUUUGAUUCCAUAACGAUACGCAAUACUGGUGCUGUUAAUUCAGCGAACCAAUUUGCACCUCCUAAAUAUGAUGAGAUCCCACCGUAUGGUGCUCAUACUGCUAGUUCAAAUUCUGGAGCUGCGACCACUUCAGAGCUGUCGGGCUCCGAGCAAUCGGGUUCUAGUGGACGAGGAUCUGCUGAAGACGGAGAGGACGGAGAAGAUGAAGAAAUAAGGAUGAUCAAUGAAGGCCCACUUCAACGUGACAGGCAAACGAAUGGGGUAGACGAUGAUAACUUAUCGGACGUAUCUGUUCAUAACACACAAGAAUAUUUAGCUAGACUCGGUAUUGUUGAUACUGGCACAGGUGGAGGUGCAUCGACAUCAUCACGUAGAUGCUCUGAAAAUGUUGCAAAUAAAGAAACAAUGUUGCAUCAUGGGCCGAUAGAUCCAAUGCACAAUAUUUUUGACGAGGACGGGCCUCAUGAGAACGAUAUCACGAAUUUGAUUUACGCCAAAUUAAACGAAGUAACCGCCAGCGAUAGAGGCAGCAACGCGGAUGAAGCAAGUGCUGCCGUGGAUCGAGCAAUGGCUUUAGGAGCAUUUCCCAGUGCUCCUGGUGAAAAUACUGCAGUACCCACGGCUGGGCCCUCAAUGACCGGAAGUUUAAGUUCUAUAGUACAUUCAGAAGAAGAGUUGACUGGUAGUUACAAUUGGGAUUAUUUAUUGGACUGGGGUCCACAAUAUCAGCCUCUAGCUCACGUGUUCUCAGAAAUAGCUAGGUUAAAAGAUGACGCUGUUUCUUUACAAAGUGGAAAUAGUGGAGCAUCUAGUGCUAAAAGUAAAGGAACAUCAAUGUCUGGAGGCAAAAGUGUGCCCCCGCCUUUAUUGACUACCGUUGCGCCUAGAAGCUGCCCGGCGCCUUCGUUAUCUUGUAGGCAGCCUCAACAUUUGUUACCUCGUUCGCCCAUAAGCCACGACAUCCCAGGAGGCUUUUCAGCUGCUGCAGCCAUGUCUCCUUCGUUUUCGCCUUCCUUGUCCCCUCUAGCAACGAGGUCACCGUCGAUGUCACCUUUAGUGGGGCCCGGAUUACCUCCCGUCCCAGGAAAUAGAAAACCUAAUCAUUCCACUAUGAGACUAUAAUCAAAGACCAGUGAACUUUGUAAAUAAUCCUCGACUGUUUGCCUUAUAAGUAUUGUAUUAGUGUAUUUAUUGACCGAUGUGAUCGGAUUGGUUAAUCGUAGUCACAUUUUGUGCAUGUACUGUAUUUUAUUAGAUGUGCUCAAAGUGAUGUUAAGCGCUUAUUACCGAUUUUGCGGUAAAUGUAAAUAUCUCUUAUAAUGUAAUAUCUCUUCGGGUGUUAACUUUAAUUGUAUAUAUUAGAUUGUAUGUGCAUUGUAUAGUUUAAAUAAAGACUGCCAUGUUAUACGUAUUAGAUAAAAAACAGCUUUACAUAAGAUAUCGCAAUUUAAUAGUUAGCUUAUUCAAACAGUUUGUAAAUCACAUAUGUCCAACUAGUUAGACUUUUUGAAAAAAAAAUGUAUACCUUUAAAUUAAAAAUGUAA